AUGUCGAAUUAUUAAAAAAUCUUAAUAAAGAUGUUAACAAAAUACUAUGUAACAGAAUCCUUUUUAAGAGGAGGUGGAUGUGGAAAUUCAAAAUCGAAUCCUGUUUAAGUAUAAAACUCCAAUAAUAUCCAACCAGAUGUUCAUGAGUUCUUUUCAAGAUUUAAUUAUUAUAUUUCUACAAUAGAUUCUAAGUCUCAUAUGACUGCUAAUGAAUAGGAAUCUUAAGAAAUAAUGAUAGCUAUUCAAUGGUUUAUUUAUUAAGAGGAAAAUAUCUAUAAUCUCAAUAAGAACACCUAAUAUGUCAAGAAAUCAUACGAUCUAAUUUUAGAUGGAAUCAUUAGACUAAUAAAGAGUUGUUUAAUGUAUAUUAGAACAGAUCCAUUUAAAUGUUUGUAUAUCCUUUAGAUUACAUCAUCUUUAUCUAAAGUAAUAUUUAGCUUCCAUUUGAUUAAUGAAGAGAGAUUUAUGAAUAGUGAAACCUAAAGAUAGUUUUUAUAGAUUUCAUCAGAAUUAGAAUAAUUAAUGGAAAUAGAAAAAAAUGAUUUAAUUUAAAACUAAAUGGAACUAUAUCUUAAUUUAACAAACACUUCUUUUGAAAUAGCUCCAACAAAUUAAGAAGAUAAAGAAGAAAUUUUAAAAGGAUGUUUAAAAGGUAUAAUAAAAUAUAUAUUAAAAUUGGGUGAAGGUGUUGAUUUAAUAGAGUUAUUAUUUCAAGGAGCUUGUCUUUUGUAAAAAAUGUCAACUGUAAAUUAAAAGAAAAAAUAAUAUGAAGUAUAUUAUUAAUUAGAUAUGUUAUAAUGGGAAGUGAUAAAUUAUUUUAAAAAUUAUAAAUAAAAAGAUCUUGAAGAAAUACUUUCAUAAAUGGAAAUGAUUUAUGAUAAAUUAGUGAAAAAUUCUAAAAAUUGGAAAGAUCAUUAUUGUUGGAUUUAAAUGAUUGGAAAAAUCUUCAUUUAUAAUCCUUUGUUAACAAAAACAAAAUUAAUUCAGACAAAUAAAUAUCUAAAUUUAGAAUUGAAUUCAUCAAGUUCGUAAUGGAAAGAAUAUUAGAAAAAAGGAAUUAUAUUUUAAGUGAAUCAUAGUCAUGAUUAGGCUAUCAUCCUAUUAAACUAACUUUAAAAUAAAAAAUUAUUAUAAAAUGAACUAUUAAUAAUAGAGGACAGUUUUAAAGGAUGGGAAAAUUUUAUUUAAUUUAAAGAAUUAUUAAUGAAUGAUUAAAAUGAAAAUAAUUAAUACACCUUUGGAUCAUAUUUAAAAUGUAAACUAGAAUUAAAUGGUAAAAAUACCAACAGGGAUGAUAUUUAUGCAAUUAAUAAAAUUGAAAAGUUUUUAGGUUUCAUUCUCCCAAAUAAAUAACUAUUAUUAAUUAAAUAAAAUGUUGAAAAGCUUGGAAUCGUACUUAAAUGCUGGUAAAAUCUUACAAAAAAUAAAAAAGCUAAUACAAGGAUAACUUAAGUCACUUGCCAAUAAUAAAUCGAAAAGCUAAUUAAUAAUCUCUUAGAAUAUUAUCAAAACACAUUUAAUAUACUAAAAAUUAUUAAGCUUAAUUAAUCUAAAAACUUUUUUAAUGUUGAAUUUCUCUAAUAAUAAAAAAAGAUGGAAUAAUCUAAUAAUUUAUAAAAAUUGAAAUAUUUGAUGAAACUAUUAGAAUUAAUAUUAUAAUAAGAAAUUUAAGAAUUUAAAGAAAAAAUGGAUGAUGAAAAAAGUCAAACUUUGAAAAAUAGUGAUAAAAUUGAUGAUAUCGAAAUACUUUAAUAAGAAAAAUAGUAUAUUAUAAGGGAAAUAAAAAAACUUAAUGAUCUCUAAGAUGAAAAAUUGUAACUUGCUAAUAAUUUAUAUUCUAAACUCUCUUUUUUACCAUCUACUUCUAUGAUUUAGAGAAGUUUGCAAUUCAAAACAGUAAUUUAAUUUAAUGUUUAUUGA